AUGUGUAGGUGUCUCUUGUUCUGCACUCCUUUAAAACAUACAUUUACUUUAUUAUGCUUUAAUAUAUCGUGUCCAUUGACUUUUCAUUUUCAGACUCAUUUGUACAGUGAUUUGUUUUUCUACAACAUCCCUAACAAUACUUGGAUUGCUGUGAAAGCUCCUGCGGGUCCUCCUCCAAGAUGUGGGCAUCAAAUGGUUGUAACAUCAGCCAACAAGGGUCAGCUAUGGGUGUUUGGAGGAGAAUUCGCCUCUCCCACACAAUCUCAAUUUUACCACUACAGAGAUCUGUGGUUGUUUCACAUUGCUGCCAAACGAUGGGAAAAAAUUACAGUUCCCAAUGGGCCGAGUGCAAGAAGUGGGCAUAGAAUGGUAUUCAUAAAAAAACAGUUAUUUGUUUUUGGUGGUUACAACGAUAAUCUUAGGAGCUAUAAAUACUAUAAUGAUAUAUAUUCCUUCAAUACUGAAACCUACAAAUGGACAAAACUGGAACCAAGUGGAACAGCACCGUCUCCAAGGUCUGGCUGUUGUAUGGUAGCCAUGAAUGAUGGGCGAAUACUUGUUUAUGGGGGAUACUUAAAAAAAAAUAUCAAAAAAGAUGUAGAUAAAGGGAUUGUGCUCACGGACGCUUUCAUCUUAAUUCCAGAAAAAAAUGAUGUUACUGGUCUAAAGUACAAAUGGGUUCAAACAAAAAUAGGAGGUAUACAUAUCUCGCCUAGAUGUAGCAUGCCCAUUGUAUCUGCCUCAAAUAACUUAUCAGCUUAUUGUUAUGGUGGAGUUUUUGAUACUGAAGAUGAUGAAGAAAAUAUUGCUGGACAUUUCUUUAAUGAUCUCUAUCAACUGGAUUUGGAAAGGCUCACUUGGAAGAAUGUUAGUCUCAGUGGCAAAAAAGAAAAAGAUAAACCACGACGAAGGAAAAAUAAAGAUGGAGAUGAAAUGAAUGAUGACAACGAAGUUGAUGACCAAGAUAUGGAAAUAGAACAUAUUGAGGAAAAAAUAGAAUCUACUACAAUAUCAGAUGAUGGCAUAUUCAAAGUUACUUUGGGUGCAGCACCUGCAACAUCAGGAAGUACAGAAAUUUUCAGUAAUGGUCAUAUUUCCAAAUUAUUCCAACCCUCUCCUAGAGCUAGCUGUGGGCUAGCAAUAAAGCAUGGAGUUUUAUACUUGUAUGGGGGCAUGUAUGAAGACGGUGAUAAACAAAUAACAUUCAGUGAUUUCUAUUCUUUGGAUUUAAAAAAAAAUGAAGAAUGGAAGACAAUCAUCGAGGAUGACACAUCUUCAUUGGAAUGGCUAGGUUCUGACUCCGAGAGUGAUGAGGGAAGUGAAGAGGAGUCUGAAGAGUCUGACUCCUCAGAGGAAAUGGACACUGAAUAAUAAUGUUCCUGCUGAAAAAAUGUUAUACCAUUUGUAAAUAUAAUUUAUGAAAGUUA